AUGGAAACGUACCACGGAUAUGUGCGGACACCCGCCGAUGCUAUCAGAUUAUUCGAGGCUUGCCGAUUAGGCAUUCUGCCCCGUGUGCAACGACGACUUUCAGAGAAGGAGAGACAGUCAAUUCGAUCUGGUUCGGUUUUUGUUUGGGAUGAGCGGGAAGCUGGUAUGAGGAGAUGGACUGAUGGAAAGUCAUGGAGCGCCAGUCGAGUGUCGGGAAGCUUCCUGACAUACCGUGAGAUGGAGGGCAAGCGAGGUGGUGGCUUCAACACUACCCGACGAGGUGGUGGAAAAACCCCAGACUCUGGACGCGGUAGCGACGAGGACCUAGAUGACGGGGAGCCCGAGGGAUACCGAUACAAGGCGGACGGCCUGAUGAAGCAAUCUUUCAGCAUCACUACUUCAACCGGCCAGCAUCUUCACCUUAUCUCAUACUAUUCUCGCCCUCAACCUGGCCAGCCUGAGCUUCAACAACCAACAAAUGAUCCUAACUUGCGCGGCAUAGUCCCUGUUAAGGGCAUGUAUCCUGAGUCCAGCAUGGGAGAGGCCAACACUACACCAGCUCUAACACGGGCGCCGAUGCAGCAGCCUCCCUACAUGGUUCCUCAGCCCGGUCAACAACCAUAUGCUCCCUAUGGCCAGCCUGGCUAUGGAUGGCCUCCUUCUCCCGUCGCUACUCCUCCGUAUAGCCAUUACGCUGCUCCCUACCCCCACGGUGUUCCUCAGCAACUUCCACCUCACCCCGGCCACCCAGGUCUUCCUCACCCACAUUACCAUCAGGCACCUGUUUAUGAGCAUCGUGCUCCUCUCCCUCCUCUCCCUGCCAAGCCCACCUACCAAUCAACAUCUCCUCACUACUCACACCCUACUCUCCCUAGAGCCCACGACUCGCCUCGAGAGCAUCAUCUGCAGGCAGCUGCUCCAGCCUCCAUGGUGAAUGGAUCUUCUCGUACCCAUCAGGUUGCGCUCCCAGGUCUUGGUGCUGUUACCAAUGGCCCCCCAGGCUCGUCUCUCGCUGCCAUCAGCACCCCCCCUAGCCGCACUAUGAGCGUCAGCCCUCCACGCAGCUCUCAUUCCGAAGCGCCUGCCAACACAUCUAACAAGGCCAGUCUCUCAGCGCUUCUGCACCCUACUCCCGCACCUAGUGAAAGCGGUAGCGUCAAGCCUGGCAGCGCCAGCAGCAGUCCUAGAUCGGCUGGUGCCUGUGGUCUGGAGAAGGGCGGUGUCAGUGAGGACGCAAGAGCCUUAAGAAUGCUGGACCGCAAAUUUUGCAUUUAA